AGAGUGAGGCACAGAUCAACCAAUAACUUGGCCACAGAGAGUGAGGCACAGAUCACCAAUAACUUGGCCACAGAGAGUGAGGCACAGAUCACCAAUAACCUGAUCACAGAGAGUGAGGCACAGAUCACCAAUAAAUUGGCCACAGAGAGUGAGGCACAGAUCACCAAUAACUUGGCCACAGAGAAGAGUGAGGCACAGAUCAACAAUAACUUGGCCACAGAGAGUGAGGCACAGAUCAACAACAACCUGACCACUGAGAGUGAGGCACAGAUCAACAACAACCUGACCACAGAGAGUGAGGCACAGAUCAACAACAACCUGACCACAGAGAGUGAGGCACAGAUCAACAACAACCUGACCACAGAGAAGAGUGAGACACAGAUCAACAACAACCUGACCACAGAGAGUGAGGCACAGAUCACCAACAACCUGACCACAGAGAGUGAGACACAGAUCACCAACAACCUGGCCACAGAGAGUGAGACACAGAUCACCAACAACCUGACCACUGAGAGUGAGACACAGAUCAACAACAACCUGACCACUGAGAGUGAGGCACAGAUCAACAACAACCUGACCACUGAGAGUGAGGCACAGAUCACCAAUAACCUGACCACAGAGAGUGAGACACAGAUCAACAACAACCUGACCACUGAGAGUGAGACACAGAUCACCAAUAACCUGAUCACAGAGAGUGAGGCACAGAUCACCAAUAACCUGAUCACAGAGAGUGAGGCACAGAUCACCAAUAAAACGAGCGUUUCAUGUGAUAAACAAUAUCGAGAUGAACAAUAUUAUGAGUAA